AUGUAUGGACUAUAUUUGGAGGCGGUGAAUGAUUACAUUAACGAGUCCUAUGGAGAGGACGUGUGGAGACUGAUCGAGGCUCGGGCCGAGAUCCCCCACCUCAAGUUUGUCCGUCACCAGAUGUACAAUGACAAUUUAAUCCUUCGUUUGGCAAAAGCAGCCGGAGAGGUUCUGGGAAAGACUCACGAUGAGCUCAUGUAUGCCUUUGGAGUUUAUAUGGUCAAAAGGAUAGGAAACUAUGGUUACGAGCGGAUUUUGAAGGUGUUGGGACGCAAUGUACGUGACUUCAUCAACGAGCUGGACAACUUGCACGAAUAUUUCCGAUUCUCCUUCCCCAAAGUCCAGCCGCCCAGUUUCUGUGUGGAGGAGGAAUGUGAGACCAGUCUUACCCUUCACUACCGCAGCACCCGCAAGGGUUUCACUCAGUUCGUCAAAGGACAGCUUUCUCAAGUGGGCCGACAGUUCUACAACACGGACAUUGAAGUGGAAAUUCUGUCAAAGGAGGAGACCGAGAAAAUGACAUACGUGGUCUAUAAAAUGAACUUUGACAAUGCUGCUUUCAAGCAUCGGAUGCCCCAGCAGAAGACGGCUCCAGGCUACGAAAAACUGCCCAUGAAGAGAGGCAUCUUCUUUGACAUGUUCCCCUUCAGUGUCAUCUUCCGCAGGGACAUGACCAUGUAUCGCAUUGGAGACGGGCUAAAAGAGGUCUUCUCGGACCUGCAGGGCAAGAAGGUCAACGAAGAGUUCACCCUGGUUCGACCCAUGCUGGAAUUCAGCUGGGAUAAUAUCUACACCCACCUGAACAACGUGUUUGAGCUGCUCUCCAAAGCAGUGGUGGAAAGCAAACAGAAGGUAAACAUUCCUAAGUUGAGCAAGGAGGAACCGGAGGAGAAGGAAGAGAGUGAAAAACCCAAGAAGGAGGAGAGAGACCUGAAGGCGAUGGAGGACAUGAAGGGAACAGAUCAGGAGUACAGCAGUGCUUUGACUCAGUACAACAGUUCAGCUAACUCUGGCGGAGAAGACAUUGAGCUGCUGGCCUUCCAGACUGUGACUGGAAAGUGCAGUGAGACGAUAUUCGAGGAUAUGCGAGAACCUCCUAAGAAGCCUCUUCAUCUGAAGGGCCAGAUGAAGUAUGUCCCUCAGUGGGAUUCCCUCAUCUUCCUUGGCACGCCCAUUAUUGAGACAGUGGAAGAUAUGAUUAAAAUGGGAGUGUAUGUAAACGACUUGAACCUGCAUGACUCAAGCAGGGAACUCAUUCUGGCUGGAACACAGCAAUCGGCGGAGCUGCAGUUGGCUCUGGACCAGGAGCAACAGAAGUACGCCCAGCUCCAGGAGAUCAUUAAGAAGUUGGACGAGGAGAAGAAAAGGGGAGAUUCGCUGUUAUAUGCCAUGAUACCCAAAGCAGUGGCUGACCGACUGAGAAAAGGCAUCACUGCGCUGGAGACCUGUCAGGUGUUUCCAGAUGUGACCAUCUUGUUUAGCGACGUGGUGAAGUUUAAUGAGAUCUGUAUUCACAUAACACCUAUGCAGGUGGUCGACAUGCUGAAUGAAAUCUACAUUGUAUUCGACACUCUGAGUGAGAAACACAAUGUCUAUAAGGUGGAGACCAUAAGGGAUGCGUAUAUGGUGGUGGCAGGUGUGCCAAACAAAACCACGUUUCAUGCCCACCAUAUCUGUGACAUGGCUCUGGAUAUGCUAAGCUCCAUCGACCACCUGAAGGACCCCUCCACCGGAGACAACAUCCAAAUCCGUGUUGGUAUUCACUCAGGUAUGGUGGUAGCGGGCGUGGUUGGGCUGAAGAUGCCCAGGUACUGUCUUUUCGGGGACACAGUCAAUACUGCCUCUCGUAUGGAGAGUAACGGUGUGGGUAUGCAAAUCCACAUUAGCCAAACCACCAAGGACCACCUGGAACACGAGCCUUAUAUCAUUGAAGAGAGGGGUAAAAUAUUUGUAAAGGGUAAAGGGUAUAUGAAGACAUACUGGCUGAAGGGAAAAAAGGAUCUCUCAUUUAAAACCCCAGCAGAGCUGCGCUACAGCAGUGAACAAAAGGAUUCUGAAGACCGCAGCUCAAAUGGUUCCACUUGCACUAACACUAAACACUCAAACUCCAACCCCAACAUUCCGAAUGAGGAGCAGGCAGAAGGAAAACCGACCCCGACAGACCCUCCGCCAGACACGCUACCGCCUCUCGAAGGCACGACAGAUGCCACGACAAUCACCGUGGAGCCUCAAGACAAGGAGAAGGUCAAAAAGACUAAGAACAACAAAGGAGGAAAACCGGAGAAUGCUGCAGGCAACGCGCAGGAUAUGGCUCCAUCUAGUGGAAGCCAGGAGAAUGCAGCCCUGGCGUUCAACAACAAGAAACACAGUUUCAGAAAGCAGUACACUCGGUUACCUGCCAAUCUUCCCAUGCGUAGCACUGCCUGCAAUCUGCUGUGA